AGGCGGGGGCAUGAGUCAGGGGUUUGGGAGCUGCCCCCAGGGCGCGGGAGCAAGGACCUAGUGCUGUUAGAGCGGGUGUGCGCUCAGCUGGUCACAGAGGCCACCGGUGGCUGCAGGAGUUUGCCGAGGACUCCAAGGCUUGUGAGCAGGGACCCGCAGUGCGGGUUAUGCUGGGGGCUCAGACCACUGCAGACAACUGAGCAAUCAGGACAGUGCCAUGGGGGAUUUGCGGGAAUCCGAUCUGGAGGAGGUUCUUGGGCUGAAGGACUAUGAAGACCGACGUGUUCCCAUACUUCAGGUGAAGAAGCCAGCUCUGCCCACCAGGCGAUCAUCCACAGACUACCACAGCGCAAGGAAUGGAGACACUCAUGAGGUGUAUGUGGAGCUGCGGGAACUGGUGAUGGAUGAAAAGAACCAGGAGCUGCAGUGGAUGGAGGAAGCGCGCUGGCUGCAGAUGGAGGAGAACCGGGGGAAGGAUGGAACCUGGGGCCACCCACACGUGUCUUACCUCACCUUCUGGAGCCUCUUUGAGCUGCAGAAAGCCUUCGCCAAGGGUACUGUCCUCCUGGACCUGCCAGAGAAAUCCCUGGCUGGGGUGGUCAACCACCUGCUGGACAGGUUUAUCAUUGACGGGCAGAUCCGUCGUCAGGACCGAGAAAAGCUGCUGCGGACCUUGCUCCUCAAACACAGCCACGCCAGAGACAUCGAGGCCCUGGGGGGCGUGAAACCCGCGAUCCUGACUAGCUCUGGAGACCCUUCGCAGCCUCUGCUCCCGCAACGUCCCUCGCUAGAGGCACAGCUCUUCUGUGAACAGGGAGAGGGGAUCACAGAAGGGUACCCGCCACCUGGAAUUCUGGAAAAGAUUCUGCAGAAUUCAGAGACCACCCUGGUGCUAGUGGGCCGCGUAGACUUCCUGGAGCGGCCUGUGCUGGGCUUCGUGAGGCUCAAGGACCCUAUGCAGCUGGAGCCAAAGCAGGAGAAGCUGGGCCAGCCGGCAGUGCCCGUGCGCUUCCUCUUCGUGUUGCUGGGACCUGAGGCCCCCAACAUGGACUACACCCAGCUGGGUCGGGCCGCUGCCACCCUCAUGUCGGAGAGGGUGUUCCGCACUGAAGCAUACCUGGCCCAGAGCAAGAAGAAGCUGGUACAUUCUCUGGAAAGCUUUCUAAACUGCAGUCUGGUGCUGCCUCCCUCGGAGGCCUCCCUCUAACAAGCAAUUUGCUAACCUAUUCAUGAUCAACUUAAUUCAUUUGAAGUUUAUUUUUGAGGUGUUAGGGAAGGUUUAAAUUUGCCAAAGCUAAAAUAGUCCUCAUUAACUACUAAAUAGUUACUUUUCUGGAGUCGCUCUUGAAUGUCCUGGGUUUAACAAGGAUUCUCCAGUCCGGGUGGUCAGACCUGGGCUACAUCCUAGCCUUCUGUCAGCUCUGGGAAUUCUGUGCCUUAUCGCACAGCUGACUCUCUCAGAUAGACGUGUGGCGUUUCACCCUCACAGGAGUGGCUUAGUGUUUAAUGACGCUUCUCAAGGACACUCUGGUGCAUAUUUCUGCAGCUCUCUCUACAAAGCCCCCUUUUCUUUAGCAUUCCACUUCGCAGAUUUCAGGUGUUCCAGCCUCCCCCCUCCUCUCUCAUCUCAACCCAGCAAACCCACUGCUUCAGGAUACCUUCCUGGCACUGUGGUCUAGAAAGGGCCUCCAGGAGGGGCUGAGACCAUCAUAGGGCUCACUUUGUUUGUUCCCCUUGUCCUAGAGAUCACAGCCCUGCACUGCGUCUCCGUCAGUGUCUAAGACAAUUGUUUCAUAUAUUUUAUCUAGUUUUCCACUUUACAUCACAUAGCAAACUCCAUCAUGGUAAGAGAAAAUCUCUUAUUUUUUCUUAGGUUGGAUUGUUUCGUCAUAAUUUUCUAGGACUUUGUCAUUUUAUUGAAAAUUUUUAAUUAUUUCACGUAAAAUAAAUUUAUCCAUAAUAUCCUCUUAUUUUGUAAAUGUCCUGAAAUUUAGUAGUGAAGUUAACCUUUUCAUUUCCGACAUUUGCAGUAUGCGAUCUUUUCUUUUCAUGACAAAUCAUGUUAGAGAUGAUUAAAUUUUAUUAAUCUUCUUAAAGGAC